AUGGCCGCCGCCGCCGCCGCCGCUCAGGACUCGUCCUGGCUCGCCCGCCACUACAUCGACUACGUCUACAUCCCCGGCGCCCUGCUCGUCGUCGGCACCCUCAUCGUCAAGCGGGAGUGGGCGCCCUACUCGAUCCUCCUCGCCCUCGUCCUCGGCGCCUACAACUUCUGGAACUUCCAGAUCAAGAAGGUCCUCAAGCCUGAUGUCUUCCAGGAGUUUGAGCUCCAGGAAAAGACCGUCAUCUCCCACAAUGUCGCCAUCUACCGCUUCAAGCUCCCCUCGUCGCAGUCCAUCCUCGGCCUCCCGAUCGGCCAGCACAUCUCCAUUGGCGCCCCCCUGAAGCAGCCGGAUGGCAGCACCAAGGAGAUUGUCCGCUCCUACACUCCCAUCUCGGGCGACCACCAGCCCGGCUUCUUCGACCUCCUCAUCAAGUCGUACCCCCAGGGCAACAUCUCCAAGCACAUGGCCUCCCUCGUCGUCGGCCAGGCCAUCCGUGUGCGCGGCCCCAAGGGCGCCUUCGUCUACACCCCCAACAUGGUCCGCCACUUCGGCAUGGUCGCUGGCGGCACCGGCAUCACCCCCAUGCUGCAGAUCAUCCGCGCCAUUGUCCGCGGCCGCGCCGCCGGUGACCGCACGGAGGUCGACCUCAUCUUCGCCAACGUCACCCCCCAGGACAUCCUCCUCCGCGAGGACCUCGACGCCCUGACCAAGGAGGACAGCGGCAUCCGCGUGCACUACGUCCUGGACAACCCUCCCGAGGGCUGGACCGGCGGCGUUGGCUACGUCACCGCCGACAUGAUCACCAAAUGGCUCCCCAAGCCUGCCGAAGACGUCAAGGUCCUCAUCUGUGGCCCUCCCCCCAUGGUUAGCGGCCUGAAGAAGGCCACCGAGAGCCUCGGCUUCAAGAAGGCCCGCCCCGUCAGCAAGCUCGAGGACCAGGUCUUUGCUUUCUAA